GGCCGCGAGCUCAGUCGUUCCCUGGGGGAGCAGCGAUGACAAACACGAUGAAGUACCUGGCCGUCGUCGUCGUGCUCGCGUGCAGCUGCCUGGGCCCGGCCCAAGGCUUCUGUUACCGCAAAAAUCCCCCUCGCACCCAGGACAACGCCGAGCAGCUGCAACAGCCGGCCAACUACUCCAUCUGGGUCUGCGUCCAGUCGACCGAUCUCCAGGCCGAUCUCGAGAAGGCGCCGAGCCAGAUAACCCAGGUGUGGUUCUCCAUGUCCAAGGUCGAGAAGCUCAAGGCCGGCGCGUUCGCCAAGUUCGCCGAGAAGCUCGUCAAGAUCGAGAUCUACGGUAGCAAGCUCGCAGAGAUCGAGGACACGGCCUUUACCGGUCUGAAGGAGCUGAAGGGCCUGAUUCUGCCGCGAAACGAGCUGACGGUCCUGAAGGCCGCCUGGUUCAAGGACACGCCCAAGCUCCUCGAGCUGAAUCUCGCGAACAACCGUAUCCAGAGUUUGGAGCCGGACUUUUUGAAAUUGGUCCCGGGCCUGAUCAACCUCGACCUGCGGGGCAACGAGAUCGUCACUUUGCCGGUUGACUUUGUGAAAAAAUUGCCGGUCAGCCUGCGCCGGCUCAACUUGUACAACAACCCCCUCAAUUACAAGCAGACCAUGGAGGUGAUCGAUUGGAGCAAAAACAAGGACGACGACAAAAACAAACUCAAGGACCUGAAGCACGUGGUCUUCGUUACCAAGGCGUGCAUGGCCGACAAGGUGAUCGCCGUUAACGAUGCCGCCGUCGACAAGUGCGUCGAGGACAAGCUCAACGCCGAGCUCGCCGCCUUGAACAAUCCAGUUCCAUAAUAUACGUAUAUACACGUACACCACCUACUUUACCCAUAUACAUUAUUGUUGUUGUUAUUAUAAUACACGCAUACGAAUAAUAUACAUUUAGUGAAUUAUACGAAUUAUUUUUCUAACUA